AUGGUUCAAAAUUCUCAAGAGCCCAUCGCCAUUAUUGGGUUUGCAUGCCGACUUCCAGGCGGUAAUACCACUCCGAAAAAACUUUGGGAGUUCCUCCGAAGAGGAGACGUUGCCUCUAACAAAGUGCCCAAAUCGAGAUUCAAUGUUGAGGGACAUUGGGAUGGAUCUCAAAAGCCGCACACUAUGCGAACAUGUGGCGGCAUGUUUCUGGAGGAUAUUGAUCUCGCGGAUUUUGAUGCCUCAUUUUUUGAGAUAUCGCGGAUCGAUGCUAUCUCAAUGGAUCCAAACCAACGUCAGAUGCUCGAAGUUGUUUUUGAAGGACUCGAGAAUUCUGGUAUUCCGCUAGAGAGUCUCGAUGGUGCACCUGUUGGGUGCUUCAUUGGUUCAUAUGCGUCGGAUUAUAGCGAUAUGCAAAACAGAGACCCUGAAGACAAACCAGCAAACUUCAAAAUUGGCGUUGGACGUGUAACUAUGGCCAAUAGACUAAGUCAUUUCUUGAAUAUCAAAGGACCGAGUAUGACUAUCGAUACUGCUUGCUCUAGUAGUCUUGGGAGUCUGGAUGUAGCUUGCCGGUAUUUACAAUCUCGGGAGAUUAAUGCGGCUAUUAUUGCAGCCAGCAACCUCUAUCUGAAUCCAGAGCAUGUGAUGAAUCUUGGAGAGGUGAGUAAUGCUUAUUCGCCUACUGGGCUGUGUCAUACAUUUGAUCUUGAUGCCGAUGGAUAUGUAAAAGCCGAAGCAGUGAGUAGUAUCAUUGUUAAAAGGCUCUCUGACGCUCUUCGCGACAGUGACCCCAUAAGAGCUGUGAUCCGAGGUUCUGCAACCAAUAGCAGCGGAAGAACAUCUGGAAUUGCUACACCUAGCGCCGAAGCACAAUAUGCUGUCAUCAGAGCCGCUUAUGCAAAUGCAGGUAUUACAGAUUUAGAUGAAACAGCGUAUCUCGAGUGCCACGGUACUGGAACACAGACCUCUGAUACUAUCGAAGCAGAAGUUGCCGCUUUGGCAUUUUCUGGGACGCGUUCAAGAGACAGGCCACUCAUCAUCGGCUCGAUAAAAAGCAAUUUAGGACAUGCUGGGCCAGCAGCGGGUAUAUCAGGAAUCAUAAAAGCCGUCAUGGCCAUAGAAAAUGGAAUCAUUCCGGGGAAUCCCACCUUCAUAAACCCGAACCCAAAGAUCGAUUUUGCCCGUCUUAAAGUAAAAGCUACUCGGACUGCGAUACCAUGGCCUGCAUCCUCCAUUCGCAGAGCAAGUGUCAAUUCCUUCGGACAUGGAGGUUCCAACGCACACGUAAUCUUUGAACAGCCCGAGUUUUCGGAUGGCCCGAAGCACGCCACUUCAUAUCUUUCUGAUAGUGAUGACUUCGAUUUAGAUGAAGAUGACUCUGAGCAUCCAUAUACACUCGUUCUCUCAGCAAAUGACAAGGCCUCACUAAAGGCCAACAUCAUGGCACUGUGCAAUCACUUGAUCAAUCCAAGUGUAAAAGUCGAUCUCAAAGAUCUCGCAUAUACGCUUUCGGAGAGGAGAACACGAUUUUGGCACCGGGCUUACAUCACAACACAAAAUACUGAUAUUGACGAAAAUGAUUUUAUUAUUGGACAGAAGAAUCCUGAAGCCCUGAGAAUAGGGUUCGUUUUCACUGGCCAGGGAGCCCAGUGGCCUCAAAUGGGGAAGAAACUGCUGCAAUUCUUUCCAUGGACAAGGGAAAUACUGGAACAUCUUGACGACGCUCUGCAAAGCCUUUCAGAGCCCCCAAAUUGGUUAUUAAUACAUGAGUUAACGGAGGUUCGCAGCACCGAACAUUUCCGUCGACCAGAAUUUUCACAGACCCUUGUUACAGCACUUCAGUUAUGCGUUAUAGAAGUGCUUCGAAAAUGGGGUGUCAAACCUCAAAGCGUGGUUGGGCACUCUUCAGGAGAGAUUGCUGCAGCAUAUGCAGCCGGCUUCCUGGACCAAGCCACUGCUAUCAAAGUAGCUUACUACAUAGGUCGUGCUGCUCUAAAUCGAAAGAACGAAGUUGAAAGUGGAGCUGGCAUGCUUGCAGUGGGUCUGGGAGCAGAAGGUAUAUUACCGUACCUAGAAAAAUAUGCCGGCCAAGUCUGGAUUGCAUGUUACAAUAGUCCCAGCAGUCUAACUGUGUCCGGGAAACGCGGUGCGUUCGAAUCAUUGGCCGAGGAAUUGAAAGCCGGAAACCAUUUUUGUAGACUCCUAGAAGUUGACUUGGCCUACCAUUCUGAACUUAUUGGAGUGAUUGCCGAGGAGUAUGAGAAGAUUUUGAAAUCUGACUUCACCUGCCUUCGUGGAUCAUCUGAUGUAUCCAUGUUUUCUUCAGUCACCGGAUCAAAGAAGAACACCACUACAGACGCAUUAUACUGGAAAACAAACCUUGUUUCUCCGGUGUGUUUUGAUAAGGCUCUUAUUGAGUUGCUCUCGCAGGAGAAAGGGCCAAACUUUCUGAUCGAAAUUGGUCCAUCAGGGGCACUUGCCCGACCCAUCUCGCAAAUUUUAAAAUCAUUGCCAAAUGGAGACAGCAUUUCCUACAAUCCUUCAUGGGCUCGAGGUCAACAUGCCGGCAAAGCCAUUUUCGAUUUAGCAGGUUUUUUGUUCGUCACCGGUCAUGAUAUCAAUCUGGGAAAUGUCAACCAGUACACUGAGGCUAAAACUCUCAUCGACCUGCCCAAUUACAACUGGAACCAUUCAAUCAAGUAUUGGCAUGAAAAUGAAUCUAGUAAAGAUUGGAGAUUCAAAAAAUUUGUCAAUCACGAUUUGCUUGGGAGCAAAGUCCUCGGGACUACUUGGCAAUCACCAACAUGGCGAAAGCUUUUGAAUCUUUCCGAUGUGCCAUGGUUGAAAGACCAUAAAAUAGGUUCGGACGUUCUUAUGCCUGCUGCUGGAUACAUAACAAUGGCUGUGGAAGCAUUAUACCAAAAGACGCGCGUCCUCGCUACCGAUGACAAAACUAUUAACUCGCCUAAUGAGCUAUGUUAUCGAUUUAGGAAUAUUCGUUUUGCUAAACCUUUGGUGCUAGAGGACGAUAAAGUGUCGACUGUGCUACUUUCACUGACCCAAAAACAUGGUGUUACAGACUGGCAAGAGUUUCGAAUUUCUUCCACUACCGGAGAUCUUAUGGUUGAGCAUUGUUCAGGUCUGAUCCGUCUACAAGAUCCCGUUGAUGAAUCUCUGGCUGAGUCUGAUGACAAACCUCUUCAGUACCCAACAGUUGGCAAAGCUUGGUAUAAAUCUCAGGCAGAAGCCGGCUAUGGUUUCGGGCCCAGUUUCCAGAAGCUCCUCAAUGUCGAGUCCAAGAGCGGCCAACGACAAUGUCGCGUUAAGGUAUCAUUGGAAGAGCCAUCAUCAAAAUGGUCGCCACAGUUCUGUUAUCCAAUUCAUCCGGCAUCUCUGGAUGGAUGCUUCCAGACAGUCACUCCUGCUCUCUGGGCAGGAGAACAUAGCUCAGUUAAUGCUGUCUUAGUUCCUGCGAUUAUUGAUGACCUCAUAAUUAAUAGUGUGCCUAGUGGUGUUAAGGAGGGCCUCUCGCUUGCCACAUCAGAAUAUUCGGGCCAUGGCCGUCUUGAGGAAGCUAAGAGCUACUUUGCUAACUGCUCAGUAUAUCAGCCCGAAAAUGGUGUACUUCUCAUGCAGAUGACUGGGCUCCGAUUUGCCAAGUUAGAUAUGGGUAUCAAAACAGAUCCACAUGUAUUCCACUGCAUUUCUUGGAAGCCAGACGUUACUUUCCUUUCCCAUGAAAAGUUGGUAGGUUUGAAUCAAGAAAAUUUUGAGCCACAACUGGAUACAGUCAUCGAUCUUAUUGCGCACAAGAAGCCUGGUUUAAUAAUCCUUGAGGUGAAACUUAAUUCCACUGAAAUAAGAUCUACCUGGUUUGAGCCUGGACAUUUAUCAUCAAGAUCUGCUUACCUCCAGUACGACUUUGCUUCGGACAACGCCAGAGAUCUCGCGAGUCUCGGAAUCAAGUACAAGACCAAGAGCAACACAUCGUUUUUUCUACUAAAUACCACUAAAGAAGCCUUGGGAUUUUCAUCAGACGCAAUGUAUGACCUCGUCAUUUUGAAAAUUUCCAAGACUUCGGUUGUUGAUCAGAUCGUGAAUGAUAUCCUCAGAUAUAUCAAAGCUCAUCUUUUCCACAAAGGGUAUGUGCUUGUCGUUGAUGAGGAGGAUCGAUUACAAUCAAGAAUUAGCUCUGUGCAUACCCCUUCUCUUGAUGAGAGUGUCAAAUCGCCGUCACCGUCGUCGGCAGGCUCAACUAAACCACUUGAAAUAGCCACCAAGCCUUUCGAAUCCAUUGCCGAGAACUCAGAAAUUAGCGGUACAAUUGAAAAAGUAGUAUCCGAAGAGGUCCACAAGAGCAAGAGAAAGUCGCUUGAGUCUGAUGCGGCGGUGGCAGGUCUUACACAGGGAUUCUCAAACCACGAAACGAUGCGUGAGGCGAUGAAAGUGCACAAAUUCACUUCCAUCUUACAGGUUCCUAGCGAUGAGGACAGUCUAGCAUGGUCUUUGUACACUAAUGAAGCUCAGGUUGGAGUCAAUUCGCACCUGAGGAAGUUAAUUAUCGUGCAGCUUUCGGAGAACACACCGUCCUUAGAUCCCUCGCUCAAAGCAGCCUUAGAAUUAUCCGGCUGGAAAAUCAAGAACGUAACGUACCCACCGAAAAUCCUCACGGAAACAGGAGCUGUGAUCUUGGUUCUAGAUGAACUUUACGGCCCAGUAUUAACAAAUAUCGACGCAACCCAGUGGGGAGGCCUUAAGAUGCUCAUCAGUUCUGGGAACCAUCUACUCUGGGUCACCAAAGGUGCCCAAUAUAAGGUGACUCAUCCCAACAACGCUCUCGUCCAAGGUCUAUUUCGCGUAGCACGUAGAGAAAAUCCCAGCGCAAAACUUAACAUUUUGGACGUCGAGUCAAGCACGGGUCCUGCCACAGAGUAUGCCAUUGACGCGGUUCUCAAAUCGCUAGAAUCUAGCCCUCCAAACUCGGGAUUCGAUGUUGAUACAGAAUUCGUAGAACGUAACGGGAUUCUAUAUGUGCAAAGAGUUGUACCGGACUUUCCAGUCAAUGAGUUUAAGAGGGCCGAGGUAGAAGGUGCGGAGCCUAUACUGAGGAAUCUACACGAAGUUGAAGCAGCCGUACAAUUAAGAGCUGAGAGCUUAGGAACUUUCCAGGGUCUUACAUGGUGUGAAACAGCGGUUGGAGAGGUUCCGGUAGAUCCAGAAAAGAUUGAGAUAGAUGUCAUGGCUGUGGGCGUCAAUUUCAAAGACGUAGCUGUGACAAUGGACAUUGUUCCAGGGAAUGAAUACAGCAUUGGCUACGAAGGAGCUGGUAUCGUAAAACGACUAGGACCAGGUGUAACCAAAUUCAAAGUUGGAGAUCGUGUCUGCUUUUUGAAUAAUGGCAGUUAUGCAAAUCGCCUCCAAGUUGCUAUUGGACGAGCCCACGCUAUACCAGAUUCGAUGAGUUUUGAAGAUGCGGCUACUAUCCCUAUGAUGUAUUUGUGCUCUUUCUACUCUCUUUGCGAUAUUGCCAAUUUGAGAGAAGGACAGUCCGUACUCAUCCACUCGGCAUCAGGUGGUGUUGGAAUUGCGUGCCUUCAACUUGCGCGACACAUGAAGGCAGAAAUUUAUGUCACUGUUGGUACGGAAGAAAAGGGCAAAUUUUUAACUGACAGUUACGGCAUUCCACCAUCCCGAGAUCCAUUUAUUGCAAGACUGUUGGGCCAAAUUUUCGAAUUGAUUAAUGGUGGCCAUAUCAAGCCCAUUAACCCAGUUACUGUAUUUGGAUUUAAUGAUAUUCCAGCAGCACUGACACUCAUGCACAGUGGUCGACACAUUGGCAAAGUUGUUGUCUCUGAUAAAGGUAAGAGUUUGCAGGUACCGAUUCGGCCAGCAACACAAAAAUUAAAACUUCGACCCGACGCCUCCUAUCUCAUUGUCGGCGGUUUGAAAGGCAUGUGUGGCUCUUUGGCUAUUCAUAUGGCGCGGCAUGGUGCUAUGAAUAUCAUCGCCUGCAGUAGAAGUGGUAUCAACGAUGCUGCAUCACAGAAAAUUGUGAUGAACUGCCUUGCAUAUGGAUGCAAAGUUGUAGAUGCCCAAGGCGACGCUGCCAAUGUAAAUUUCAUGAGAAAAGUCUUCAGACAGGCAUCACCACGAAUCACUGGGGUCAUUCAUGGAGCUAUGAUCCUUAGGGAUAGACCACUUGAAACCAUGACGCUGGAUGAUUAUCACACAGCUCUUCAUGCAAAAAUCAAUGGAACUUGGAACCUACACUAUAUUUGCCAAGAACAAAAAGAGCCGCUAGACUUCUUCACCUUGCUCUCGAGUAUCUCCGGUGUUGUUGGAAAUAAAGGGCAGGCAAAUUAUGCUGCAGGAAACACAUUUCUGGAUGCCUUCGCCGAAUAUCGUGAAUCUCUUGGUCUUCGAGCAAAUUCCGUUGAUCUUGCCUGA